GGCAUCCUCCUGCUCCUUGCCUUUUGGCCCCGCAGUUCUCUGUUUAUCAGCCGGCAAGCAUCCUCUGUUGGGCUUUCCGAGGAGCCUUCUGCUGUGAUGGCAUCGUGGAAGGGACUCUACAGAAAUGUUGACCUUGGGCUAGAAGACCCAAAGGCCCCUGAGCAGAGGAGUCAAGCAGGUAUGUGGCACAGAGUGAGGCACAUUAGGUUAGCCAUAUUUAUUUGUAUGCUGUUGGUGGAUUUUUGUCAUUGUCUUCUUGGGCUGUGUAUGUGAUAAAGGGGAGCUAUACCGGGGUGAAGGCGUCUUCAAUCUGUCCCCAUGUCAGUUUCAGUUUAUUGGUUAAUUUUUCUAGUAGGGCUGUUUCCCAUACUAUUUGGUACCAUUGGUCCAUGCUUACACCUGACAGGUCUCUCCAGUGUCUGGCUAUGAUGCUUCUGGCUGCUGAAAGUAGGUGGGUUAUGAGUUCUUUGUGGUGUAAAUGGGCAUUGUUGUCUUGGGAGAUGUUUAGUAAGGCCAAUUCUGGGGUAAUUUCCACCCUACUCACACAUGAAAACAAAGACCACCACAGCCAACCACAAAUGAAUAACCACACCCUAGGCCAACCCUAACCUCUCUCACCACCCAAGCAACACAAGUGAACAGCAAAGAACCUGCACAAGCAACACUGACACCAAACCCUACAUAUAGUAAGUAAAAUAGAAACAUCGCCACCCCCACCCAUCUAUCCCCCCCACCACUUUCCCCCUUUUCUUUCUAAUGUCUCAACAAAUGAAACUGAUUUGUAAAAAUUUUACAUGGGGGGCGGGAAUACGAGAGAGAGAGGCAUUGCACACAUUUUUGUAAAUCAAGAAAAUCUUUAAUAAAUAAACAGAGUGAGGCGCAUAGGAAAAGGGUCCAUUGCUGAGGAUUAUUAGGAGAUGGCAAGGGUCCUGGUGGAGCAAUCCCAGAGUUGAUGAUCUUACUCCUGCCUCCAUUCCUAGCUCCGUACAGGAUGCAGCUUCAACCAAGGCUGUUGUGUUUUUAUCUCUCCCCCCCCCCCACCCAUCCCUAAUUGUGCCCACUUAUUUUCUCCCAACGGCACACAACUUCUGUAGGCGCGGCAGACCCCUGAUAAUGGUCUAGCCCUAAAGUGGAGCUUUCCAAACAUUUUCAUGUCGGUGGCACACUUUCUGGACAUGCACCGUUUCAUGACAUGGUACCGUAUUUUUCUGUGUAUAAGAUGAGGUUAUUUUAUUUAGAAAUUAUGCUAAAAAUUGGGGGGUCAUCUUAUACACGGAUAGUGGAGAGGUGAGACUGGCGUUUGGUGGCUGCCGGUAACAAGAGAUUGUAAGCGGCGUUUUUGUGGGUGAUUGGUGGGUGUGGCAAACUCCACUGGCUAUUGACUGCUGCAGCAAUUGGGUGGGGUGAUUGGCACUUGCUUUUGUUAGGCGGGCGUGCCGAUGAUGGGUGGUUUUGUUGAUGUGGUUGUGGCGGUCCUGUGGGUGAGUGAUAUUCAGCAACCCCCCCCUCCCCAAAAAAGCUAAACAACUGGGCAAUCUCCCCCCAUUUUCUCAGUCUGGAGUCCCAAAUUAUACAGGGGAGGAGGCAUGUUAUACACAGAAAAAUAAAGCAAUUCAGUUUUGCUGGCAAACGAAAGGUUAAUCUAACCCCUUUCCAGCUCUGGGAGGAUCAAGGGGAGCAUUCACACAACACACCUACACACUGCAUCCGACACACUUAACAUGUCGCAACACACAGUUUGGAAAGCUUUGCCCCAAAAGGUUUAUGACUCUAGUUGAAUUCAAAAACAUUUCUUUGUCCAUGAAAGCCAACAACUGCUCUCGCCCAAUGGGUUAGGUUUUUGGAUUUGGGUAUCAAGAGGCAUCGUCUGCUUCCACACCAAAGGCAAAAUGCUCCCAGGUUUCCUGAGAAGCCCAAAGCCUUGAAGGAGUCAGACAGGCAGCUGAAGCACAGCUGGCAAAACACAGAACCAACACUCCACUUUCCAUGGCAGAGAAGUCUCUUAACUGCUUUACAUUUGAGUGACACUUUGGCUGAAAUAGCUGCAAAGCAGACAUGGGGAAGGGUUAGGGAGUGAGAGGCGUUUUAACUUAAUGUGCAGCAAAAACACAAUAAAUUAAAUGAAUUAAACAACACACAGUUUUUGCAUGGUUUGCAUAAUCUGUCCCCCCCCCCCAAUGGAAUUUCAGCUUCUCUCCUCACACAAAUGUUAGGUUAACUUGAUGCAAAGUGCUUUUUUCAGUUAGUUUUUUGUACAGACCACAACAAGUUCACUGUCAGACCCUCCAAAUGUCCCUAUUUUCCAGGGACAGUUCUAGAUUUACAGAAUCUUCCCCGGUUUCUCAUUUGAUCCUGGAAUGUCCCACUUUUCCUUAGGACAUCCGUAUUUUCAUCGGAGACCUGAGUUUUCUGACCCCCGAGCCAUCUGAAGGCAGCCCUGUACAGGGAAGGGUUUUUUUAAUGUUUUAUUAUUAUUUUUUAUAUGUUGGGAGCCGCCCAGAAUGGCUGGGGCAACCCAGUCAGAUGGGUGGGGUAUAAAUAGUAAAAUUAUUAUUAUUAAGGAAUAGGAUGUCCCAUUUUCCAUUGGAGAAAUGUUGGAAGGUAUGUUAUUGAGGUCAUAGGGACCACACUUACAGAUGCAUUUCCUUGUCCUUUUCCUUAUCAUGAAAAGACUGUUUCUGCCAGGGAGGUGAGUUUGUCAAGCACAUCACCAACAAUACAUGCACAACCUGGCUUGGCCUGUAUGUGGCCGGAUGACACCCCAAAAUAGUGACAGUCUGGAAAUGCCCUAACUUAGCUCCUGCUUUCCUCCAUGCAGGCACCAAGGAGUACCCCGAGGAAGAGAGUGUCUAUGAGCCCUUUGAUGCUGUGGCCAGUUUGGAGGGCAAGCAAGCAGGACAGGUGGCUGUUCCAUGGCACCCAGGUAUGUCCGGCCUGAGCUUCAGGGGGAUCCUCAGGGGGUCUGGAGUUCACUCACAAGUCACCACGUAUUGCCCUGGGGCUGUUCUUUAGGCAGUGGGCUGGGGGGGGGGGGCGGGAAGUCCCAUUAGCAGUGGAGAAUAUUGGAGCCUCACCACUAAGAAGGCCAUGCAAAGGACCUACUUAUUUAUUUGGGGAAGAAAAGAUAAGAAAAUGGAGAAUGAUUUGUGCAAAGUAGGAAAUGGGAAGCCUUCCAUAUUGUGCAGGGCAGUGAUGGCCAAACGUGGCUAUCCAGCUGUUUUGGGACAACAAUUCCCAUCAUCCCUGACCAUUGGUCCUGUUAGCUAGGGAUGAUGGGAGUUGUAGUUCCAAAACAGCUGGCCAUCACUGGUGUAGGGAGAUGAUUUCUUGAGCCUGGUGUUCAUUUACCUCCAUUCGUCCCCCAACCCCGCCCAAACCCAGGGCUGUAUUUUACAAUGAACCCCAAUGUUCUAGACUCCCCCCAUUGUUAAAUUGUAUUUUGGAGGUUGCUUCCUUUUUAGUUUGCUUACUACUGCCUUUUUUGUGUCAUAAAAUCUGAUGCUGCUGCUGCUGCUGAAACAAAUAAAUAGCAAAUGGCCCCAAAGCAAUAAACUUAUAGAGUUAAGAGUGCAUUGCAGAGGGUUGGGUUAGAGGACCCUUUGAGCUUUCUCCCGAUUGAGGUGCAGAGUGUUUGAGGACAUUCGCAGGGAAACCAAAAUGCUUGUUUACAAAGCUAAUGUACUACUAACCUUACUGUAUGCUUGUGAAACAUGGAGCACUUAUAAACACCAUCUCCAGCUCCUCAAAAGAUUGUCUCUGAAAUCAACGGUGUGUCUGAAAAAUUUUGCACAUUACUUGGGAAGACAGGCAAACUAAUGUCAGUGUACUGGAAGAAGCAAAGAUCACCAUUGAUACUGAAGCAAUGAUUCUUCAACAUCAACUUGGUUGGACUGGUCAUGUUUUGCAGAUGCCUGAUUAUCGUCUUCCAAAGCAACUACUCUAUUCUGAACUUAAAAACGGAAAGCGUAAUGCUGGUGGUCAACAAAAGAGGUUGAAAGACUCUCUUGAGGCAAAUCUUUAAAAAAUGUAAUAUAAACCCUGGCAACAGGGAAACACUGGCCUGCGAGUGCUCCAACAGGAGAAAAGCCUUUACCAAAGGUGUCAUGGGCUUUGAAGACACUUGAACUCAGGACCAAAGGGAGAAACGUGCUAAGAGGAAGGCACGCUUGGCAAACCCUCACUGUGUUCAACUCCUGCUUGGGAACCUGUGUCCCCACUGUGGAAGGUCGUGUGGAUCCAGAAUUGGCCUCCAUGAUCACUUAUGGACUCACUGUUAAAACCUUGUUUACAGAAGACAAUCUUACUCGGCUAGGAGUGAUUGCGAAGAAGAAGAAGAAGAAGAAGAAGAAGAAGAAGAAGAAGAAGAAGAAGAAUUCUGUGAUACCGCAGGGAUUGGUGUGGCAGGUGAGGGGAAGCUGGUGACAGAGCGGAGGUGGAGAACAGGCAGAAUGACUCUCUCUCUCUCUCUCUCUCUCUCUCUCUCUCUCUCUCUCCCUUUCUCAGCUGGGAAGCCAUCUUGGACACGCAAGGUGGUUUUAGUAGCUGUUGCUGCUCUGCUGGCUACCUCGGUGUUCCUGAAUGUGCUGCUGCUUGCUGUGGGAAUUAUGCGCUGUAAGUGGUCUGCUGGGUCUCUAAAGGCUGCUGGGGUGCCAGGUAGGGGUUUGCCAGACUGAUAUACUUUCUUCCUGUAUCAUUCAGAAGACAUGCAUGGGACCCUGGAUGUCUGCCUGGAUUCUCAGCUGGGGGAAAGGCAUAGUUUAGUGGUCGGGUGCAUGCUUUGCAUGCCAUAGGUUCCUCCCAGGUUUGGCCCCUCACACCACCUCCAUGUGGGGCUGACAAAGACCCCUGCCUGAAACCCCAAAAGCUGCUGCCAGCCAGUGUAGACAAUACUGAGGUAGGCUGACAGUGGUCUAAGCCAGUGGUUCCCAACCAUUUUUUGGCCAUGCCCCACCUAAGCAUCUCUAAAAUCCUGAUACCCCCACCACCAUGACAUAUCAUUCUUAUUAUUCAAAAAGUGAACUCUUAUUCAUGUGGAGGCAGCCGAAAAGGCCAUUAACUUGGUCUAAACAAGCUUCCAAAUUUCCCCCCUUAAAAAUCUAAUUGCCCCUCUGUGGGGCAUGUGCCUCAUGUUAGGAACCAUGGGUCUAAGCUCAGUAUACAGCGGUUUCCUCUGCUCCCCAAGGUGGAGCUUCAUUCAAAGUGCAUUAUAGUCAAUUGCACAACAUUGAAGUGCAUUGAAGCAGUGUGUGUGUGUGAGAGAGAGAGAGAGAGAGAGUGAGGGAGAGUUUAAGGAGAGUUAACUUAACUCUAUGCAACAAUUUUCCUGGCAUACACUGAUUAAAAAAAACCAGCAACCAAGAAAGGGAGCACUAAAAUGGUACGAAAAGUGAUGGUUGACACUUUCAGAUGUAAGUUCCAUAUGGCCACUUGGUCAGUGAGGCUUGGUGAGUACCACGCUCCCUUUUCAAGCCAGUGGUAGGAUAUCACUUUUAGGUAACGCCGCUAAGACUGACACACGCACCCCGGGGCCUUCAAAGUUUCUUUUUCACCAGUUGCUACUGUGAAGGUAGCCUCCGGCGCUGAUCCUUCAGCCAGCCUGUAGUAAUAAUAAUAAUAAUAAUAAUAAUAAUAAUAAUAAUACAGUGGUACCUCUGGAUACGAACGGGAUCCGUUCCGGAGCCCUGUUCACAUCCUGAAGUAAACGCAAUCCGGGUCUGCGCGGAUCGUGAUUUGCCGCUUCCGCGCAUGUGUGUGACAUCAUUUUGACCGUAUGUGCAUGCGCGAGCGGCGAAACCUAGAAGUAACGCGUUCCAUUACUUCCGGGUCACUGCGGAGCGCAAACCGAAAGCACUCAACCUGAAGCAACUUCAACCUGAGGUAUGACUGUAAUAAUAAUAAUAAUAAUAAUAAUAAUAAUAAUAGUACCCCACCCAUCUGGCUGUUUCAUCAGCCACUCUGGGCGGCUCCCGACAGAAUACAAUAGUACCUCUGGUUACAUACUUAAUUUGUUCCGGAGGUCCUUUCUUAACCUGAAACCAUUCUUAACCUGAGGUACCACUUUAGCUAAUGGGGCCUCCCACAGCUGCCUCACCACCACCGCACAAUUUCUGUUCUCAUCCUGAGGUAAAGUUCUUAACCUGUGGUACUACUUCCGGGUUAGCGGAGUCUGUAACCCAAAGUGUUUGUAACCAGAGGUGUUUGUAACCCGAGGUACCACUGUAUUAAAAACACAAUAAAACACCAAACAUUAAAAACUUCCCUAAACAGGGCUGCCUUCAGAUGCCUUCUAAACGUCAGGUAGUUGUUUAUUCCCUUGACAUCUGAUGGGAGGGCGUUCCACAGGGUGGGUGCCACUACCGAGAAGGCCCUCUGCCUGGUUCCCUGUAAUCUCACUUCUCGCAGUGAGGGAACCGCCAGAAGACCCUUGGAGCUGGACCUCAGAGGGUGGAGAUGCUCCUUCAGGUAUACUGGGGCCGAGGCCAUUUAGGGCUUUAAAGGUCAGCACCAACUUCUUCUUGUUGGCUCCCUGCACAGAUUCUAAGAUGUCUGCUGCUUUGGAGCAAGCGCGUGCUGAGAACAGGAAGCUCCAAGAGGCAGGUGAGUGUCUGUGGGAGUUGUGGCGGACCUUGUGGAGGAGCUCAAGACCCCCUGGCUCUGCCCCUGCUGCCCCAAGGCUGGAAGGUGGUGCUCAGCUCCACAUUUCAGGCUAGGCGCACGAGUGCAGGUUUUCUGGAGAGCAGAAUAAAAGUUCUGUCUUGGUACUUCCCAAAAGCUCUGCAGAACAGUGAUGUGCUUGGCUGUGAAAUAUCUUUUACUUCUCGUUUGAAAACGAUAUACCUGCUGAUAGCCAGCCUAGGUGGCUGACUGGAACCAGAGCCAGCCCACCCAUGAGGCAGGGUGAAGCAGCUGCCUCAGGCGGCGGAAGUGGUGAUGCAGGCAGGGCGGCAGAAGGCACCUCGGGUGGCAAAAUGGGCUGGGCUGCCCCUGACUGGAACCAACAGGGGACCACUAAUAAACAAGAGGGAGAACGAUGGGCUUGCUGAGGAGAAUCCAGAAGUAUGCAGAUGUUUAAAGUGUCAAAAUGGGUGGGAAAUAAAAGACUCCAGGGACGACCAAAUAAUUCUGUAAAGAAUUAUCUCUGCAAUUCUCAGGUGCAGCAGGGAAGUCUAUCCCAUCAUGAGUGCUGAAGUAAGAGUCAUCCGUCAGCACAGUCAGCUUCUGGAAAGGGAAGGGUGCCAUUUUGUCAUUUGCCUCAGUCGGCAAAAUGUUUUAGGCCAGCCCUAUUUAUCCCAAUCACAAAUCAUUGUGUUUCUCAAUUAAAUGACCAGUUGUCUCAGUUAAUAUUAAACAGAAAUUAGUCUCUUCAGUCCAACAGGGCUGCUUUUUACUGUCUCUGUCAGAAGCUCCAUGUUCCAAAAAUGCCUCUCGGGGUUGUUCCGUGUUUCUAGAUGUUCCUUCCGCCUGCUGGUGAGAGCUUCAGAUCUCAUGAGCUCCUUCAAACCAAACUAUGAUGACCUCCAGCUCAGUUUUGGAGCAGUUCAAGCACCCUGACGGCUUGACCAGAUUAUCCAUAGAUGUAUCUGGGACUGCUUUAUUCAAAUUCUAGACUAGAUGCUCAGAUGGAACAUGGACAAGAGUCUAAGCUCUCUUAUUACAGUAGGUUUCUAUUCUACGUACUUGCAGUGAAGAGAAUAGUACUCAUUAAAUAUUGUUUUAGUGGCAAGCACGUGGCUAUUUUGCCAGAACCAAACGCCUCUAGAGUAAUUGACAAGGAAUUGUAUGUCUCCUUACAGCCUCCCCAUCUAUCUCAUCCUUUUCACUAUUUCAUCUAUCUCAUCCUUUUCAUCUAUUGUUCUUUUGAAGGACUCCGUGCUCACAUUCAUUUUUCCCAGCUGGGAGUAGGGGGAAGAAGCAGCUCCUUUUGCAAAGCCAUCUUGGACAUUCCCUAGUCACUGGGGGCCAUUUGCCUGCAAAAGAGAGGAUAUCCCAACAGGGCAUGUCAUUUUAGGGGGUGAAACUUAAUUUUUGCAAAUUUGUCAGCGAGGGGGUGUUAAAAACAUGUUUUUGGGUGUGAGGAAAUCAAAACUGCUAUUAUUUUUGUGACUGGACAACAUUUAGCUUACCAAGUCUACAUCUGAAUAAGAAUCAAAUAAACUGCUUUGAGAAAACCAAAUAAUUUAAAUUUUUACCUUCUGAAAGUGUCAGGUAAUAUAAAAUAUGUAUAACAUAUAAAUCAAACUAAUAUAAAUAUAUAACAUAACUGCAAGUACUUGGCAAUCAUUUUUAAUGAUUUCUAUGUGAUUUUACACACAUUUUAUUUACCAAACAGAACUAAGUUAUAUCAGUUUAACCAAAAUAUCUUUUAGAUUCCUGAGUCAUUUUACAACUUUUUAUCACCCCUCAUUUUUUGGAAUUGGAAAGUUGACAAGUUUGAAAUGCCCUGCUUCCCCAGGCUAGGAUAGGAUAAUUUCCAGCAGUCCUAUAAAAAAUGGAGCAACCAGCUCAGCAAAACCCACUCCUACAAUCACAGAAUCACAAGUAUGGUAAGGACCCCAAGACAUCAUCCAGCCCCAAGCCCUAACUCAGAAUAUUGCUAAGGAAUAUAGCAACAUCUGAGCUGGCAAUUAGUCCCAAACUUAUUAGUUAGGUGCAAGAUUAAUAGCGCCAAUAACAUCUCACUGGAAAUCCACAAAAUUUCCAAGAAUCAUAGACUGGGUUUGAAUGUUCUGGAAGAUAGCUUCCCACAAAAUUAACACAUUUUGUCAUGCCCUCCUCAAACCAAUACAUAUACGGGAAAAGGGGCUCCCUUAAUCCAUUUUUGGAACACAUUUCGAAGAUAAAAUUAAGCCCCGUAUUUGUUUCUCAUCGUUACUCUCUGCCUACUAAAAAUAUUAUAAUAUAUUGUCAGGGCAAGUCAUUAUUUUUGUCAAAAUGUCUAUAUUUUAAACCUUGCCGUACUUAAAAAACAUAUGUUUAAUGCUAAUUUAAAAUGGCUAUAUUGAAAUUGAAAUGUUGAGUGAGUUCUGAACAUUGGCAGAUGCUGUUCUAAAUAGUCUUCACUGGCUACAGGGACGUGGGUGGUGCUGUGGUCUAAACCACUGAGCCUCUUGGGCCUGCCGAUUAGAAGGUCAGCAGUUCGAAUCCCCGUGACGGGGUGAGCUCCCGUUGCUGUCCCAGCUCCUGCCAACCUAGCAGUUCGAAAGCACACCAGUGCAAGUAGAUAAAUAGGUACUGCUGUGGUGGGAAAGUAAACGGCUUUUCCGUGCACUCUGGCUUCUGUCAAUGUGUCCCGUUGCGCCAGAAGCAGUUUAGUCCUGCUGGCCACGUGACCCGGAAAGCUGUUUGUGGACAAACGCUGGCUCCCUCAGCCUGAAAGCGAGAUAAGCGCCGCAACCCCAUAGUUGCCUUUGACUGGACUCAACCAUCCGGGGGUCCUUUUUACCUUUACCAUUUUACUGGUUAUCGAUGCCUAGCCUGGACUGUUGCUUUGUCUUGCACUUUAUAUACAGUGAGCGCUCGGGUUGCGAAUGUGAUCCGUGCGGGAUGCAUGUUCGCAACCCGCGUCUGCGCAUGCGCGGGUUGCGAUUCGGUGCUUUUGCGUAUGUGCAAAGCUCGAUUUAGCGCUUCUGCACAUGCACGACUGCUGAAACCUGGAAGGAACCUGUUCCAGUACUUUCAGGUUUUGGCGGUCCGCAACCCAAAACAACGCAACCUGAAGCGGCUGUAACCUGAGGUAUGACUGUACUUUACUGUCUCAGUCCUGUUCUCUGGUAAGAAGCUGCAGAGACCUGACUCCAUUUGUUCUCUCGCUCUCAGUCCCUUUCAUCCUCUUGUCCAUUCACUGCCUGCCUGCCUCUGGCUGCUGUCAUUCCUCCAUGCUAACUCUGUUCCCCUUGCCAGUCCCCAGCUCCUUCUUGCUGUACAAUGAGAACCGCAGUCAUUGUGUGACGAGGAAGGAGCCCAGCUCUCUCACACAAGCGCCCUGUGACCCUAGGAACUGGCUGCAGCAUUUUCGGUGGUUCUCCAGAGGCCUCCUCCUUCACAUGCAUUCACUGCUCUGCGUAGCAGCACCCAAGGCCAAAAGAAAGGAGACCGUCCGUCUGGAACCCUGCAAUGGGACGAACCCGCUUCAGCGGUGGGAAUGCCGCGAUCACGAUCUGCUGGCCCUGGAGGGCAAGGAUCUGUAUUUCAACUACGGCAACAGUCUUGACCGGGUGGUGAUGCUGUUUGACGGCAACGGGCCCUGGAGUCGCUGGGUCACCUACAGCACCCGCCAAAACAUCUGCAGCAGUGAGUCCUGACAGGGUACUUCCCCCUUUCAGCGCAUGCCCUCCAACAUUUCUGCAAUGAAAAUAAGUGGUGGUUAAACUACAGAGCCUAGGACUUGCCGAUCAAAAGGUCGGCGGUUCGAAUCCCUGCGACGGGGUGAGCUCCCGUUGCUCAGUCCCUGCUCCUGCCCACCUAGCAGUUUGAAAGCACAUCAAAGUGCAAGUAGAUAAAUAGGUACCGCUCCAGCGGGAAGGUAAACGGCAUUUCCAUGUGCUGCUCUGGUUCGCCAGAAGCGGCUUAGUCAUGCUGGCCACAUGACCCGGAAGCUGUAUGCUGGCUCCCUCGGCCAAUAAAGCGAGAUGAGCGCCGCAACCCCAGAGUCAGUCUCGACUGGACCUAACGGUCAGGGGUCCUUUACCUUUUUAUUCAAUAAUAAUAAUAAUAAUAAUAAUAAUAAUAAUAAUAAUAACCCUUCUACCUGGGUUGCCCCAGCCACUCUGGGUGGCUUCCAACAUAUAUAAAAGCACAAUAAAACAUGAAACAUGAAAAAAAACUUCCCAAUGCAGGGCUGCCUUCAGAUGUCUUCUGAAGGCCAUGUAGUUACUUAUCUCUUUGGCUCGGCGGUCGCAUAACUCCAUACCCUCCAAUAUUUCUCUGAUGAAAAUUGGGACAUCCGAAGGGAAAGCGGGACUUUCCGGGAUCAAAUCAGAAACUGGGGUAGCAUCUGUAAUUCCGGGACCGUCCCUGGAAAAUAGGGACACUGGGAGUGUCUGGGGUGGGUGUGUUGGGGGUGAAAGCCCGUGCCAAAGGCUAUGGGAUGCUAAGAACCGACAGCUAAACAUGCUAUUUGUGUCCUUCCCAUCCCGAGACAUGUUUCUGUUGUACUGCAACCAUUUCUGUCUGCAGACACUCUGGCUCUCAAAAAGCUCAGCAAAGACGGAUGCUAAAACUCAUCAGCAUCUGUUUUGGGGUUGGCACGGCUCAGAUAAACAGCUGCCCUGGACCUGCACCUCCAUGGACAGCUAUGAGUCCAAAAUGACUCCCAGGCUGCGCACCUGGUCCUUCAGGGGCACAGUUUCCCCAUUCAGGACCAGAGAGCCCCACACACCUGCCUGCCCCCUGUCCCCCCAAAACAGUACUUCUAUCUUUUCAGAAUUCAAUCUCAAUCUGUUAGCCGCCAUCCAUCCUCCAGCCGCCUCCAGACACUCACACAGGACAUUUGCCGUCUUCACUGGUUCUGAUUUAAAAGAGAGGUAGAGCUGGGUCUCAGUGUUGUGAAUGUGUUAUAAACAUGCAACACCACCAGAUGGCACUGUACAGCACAAAACUUUUCUAUGUGAUUUUACAUAGCAUUUCCCCCUUUGCUAUAACGAUUUAAUUUAUGACUUGUUUUUCCCCCUGUAUGUAGAUCCACCCUUGGUUUCCCUGCCUUCUGCCCCACCAGUCCAAAGGGCCCUAAGCACCACUGGGCAUGGCGGACACCCUGUAGCAUGAGAGGGAAGAAAGGUAGGCAACCUAGUCAAACCGAGUCUUUCUUCUUCCCAGUUUCCCAGUGCCGGAUUUACAUAUAAGCUAAACAAGCUCUAGCUUAGGGUCCCACUCUCUUGGGGGGGCCCAAAAAAAAUUUAAGGAAAAAAACCUGGAUGUACAUUUCCAAAAUAUAAGAUAAAAAAACAAAUAAAAUAAAACCUACAUACAGCAACAGUGUUUUGUGUUGUGUAGGCUCCUAUGUUGUAAGUAAUGGGCUCCGCCUGCUAGCCUGCUCCCCGAAAUAUCACUGGUUUGCUCAUUUCUAUAUACAGUAUAGGGUGCCUACAUUCUGCUAUUUAUAAUAUAGUUUGCACCAUAUAUUUACACCUAUUAUUAUUUCAUGCUAUGGCAAGUUUCUAGAGACUAGAUUAUGACUAGAUUAUGAGUAAAUUGUGUUUCUAAAGGAACUUUUGUUAUUGCCAAAAUCAUUUUAAGUUAGAGCUUAAUCAUUAUUUCACUAUUAAUGUACUUCUUCUUAAUUGUAUUUCACUAUUAAUAUACUUACGGGACACGGGUGGCGCUGUGGGUUAAACCACAGAGCCUAGGGCUUGCUGAUCAGAAGGUCAGCCGGGUGAGCUCCCAUUGCCUGCCCACCUAGCAGUUCAAAAGCACAUCAAAGUGCAAGUAGAUAAAUAGGUGCCGCUCUGGUGGGAAGGUAAACGGUGUUUCCGUGCGCUGCUCUGGUUCGCCAGAAGCGGCUUAGUCAUGCUGGCCACAUGACCCAGAAGCUGUACGCCGGCUCCCUUGGCCAAUAAAGUGAGAUGAGCGCCGCAACCCCAGAGUCGGUCACGACUGGACCUAAUGGUCAGGGGUCCCUUUACCUUUACCUAUUAAUAUACUUCUUAAUUGUAUUUCAGUUCAACAAUUACUUUGAUAAAAUACAUAUGUUAUUAUGUGCAAAUGGCUUUAGAUACCUAUUAGCUUCCUACAUUACCAUAUAGCAUAUAUUCAACACAAAAAACACCGACAAUUUGUUGUUGACAAAGGGCUGCUGGACAUAUAAAAGGCCCCAUUACCUUCAGUAGCUUAGGGCCUCAUCAAACCUAAAUCCAGCCCUUGUCCUGCCACCAAGUGGAUAUUUCUGGUUCAAGCAAACAGUCCUCUAACGUUUGGGACUUUAAGUGGCCUGGUAUACUCCCUACACGGGCAGAGUGAUAUGGCGCUUGGUCAUGGGCAGAAAAACAAGUUCUCAGGCUAUUCCCCUCCCCCCCCCAAAAAAACCCCAACAAUGAUUUCACUUGAUUAAACUAUUUGACUUGUUGCUUUACUGAAAGCUUAAUAGUUUUGAGGAAUCGUUGGAGUAUCUGGUAUGUGAUGCUGUUUUCCUUGGGUUUUUGUAGCUCUUGGCAACAAAACAAGUCCAGUCGUGGAGAUAUGAAGAAUUGUGGCCUGAUGGGAAACAUCUGGAUCUGUGAGGAACAGCUUCUGUUCAGUGAGGUGCAGUCGCCAACUUUGCCAUCCUGCCCCCAGCUUUUUCGGCACCACCAAAAUCACUUCCCGGCUCACUUCCAUCUCCUGAAUGAGGGGUGCUAAAAAUUUGUAACAUGACUUGGGAAUUCAAAAUAUAUUUAGGUAAAAUUAAUAUCUUUUAUUGUGCGUAAAAUUGCACAGAAAUCUUUAAAAAUGAUUGCCCAGUACUUGCAAUUAAAUUGAUAUUAUUUCUAUAUAUUAUAUAUUGUUUUUAUUGUUUCUUCUUAUUUAGCAUUACCGGACAUUUUCAGAAGGUAAAUUCUUUGGUUUUCCAAAACAGUUUAUGUGCUUCUUUGCCAGCUGUAAACUUUACCAAGCUAAAUGUUGUCCAGUCGCAAAAAUAAGAUGAUUUGAAUUCCUCACACCCAAGAACAUAUUUUUAGGAUUCCUCAAUGAAGAAAUCUGCUAAAAUUAAAUUUCACCCCCCCCAAAAUGACACACCCUAUUCUCUCAGUCAAAACGGAAUGCAAAGAAAAUGAAAGUUUUCAGGCAAAACAAGUUCUGAAGAAGUCUGGGAAAUGAAUGUGAACUUGCUUAUUUCACUGAAACAUGCUCAGUGUGCUGUUAUUGUCCUGUUUGUUCUUCUUCUACAAUCUGCACAUAGCACAGCUUUAUUUUAUUGGUAUGAAGCUUCAGAAAUUUCUGAAUCUAGGGAUUUGUAAAAUGUUUCAUUUUGCUUAUUUGCACGUCACCAUCAUCUGUGGAAAUUGUGCUUUAGGACAGAUCCUGUCCCCCGACUCAGCUACACAGCUGCAAAUAAAUCGUUUUAAAUGUGCUGUAAAGUGCAAUAUACAAAUGUGACACUAGAUGGCGAUGGUGAGCUAUACCAAAUUCAAUGUCUUUUUCAAAAUGUUUUUUGUAAAAGCAUUUUCACAGUGUUUUUUAUACGUGUGUAGAUUCCACUUCCAUGACAUCUAAUAUAAAGGAUCAAAGU